UUAGAGUUCUGAACUUCCUCCUCAUCUUUGACUCAGUGUUCAUGAAGUAACACUCAUAUACUGUGCUUGCUGCAAAUUGUAUAUAAAUCACCAAAAAGAAGAAAACUGAAAUGGCCAAAGAAUUUCAAGGAGGGAAAGCAUUUGGAUUUAUCAAGUCCCAGCAGGAGGAAAAAUUAAACUCGACCAAUGAGGCUUUCCUCUCAGAUCCCAAAUAUGCAGAAGAAGAGGAACUUGCCUCUAAGCUUGAGUUGUUUAAGAAUAAGUACAUGGAGUUUGAUCUCAAUGACCAAGGAGAUAUUGACAUGAUGGGGCUGAAACGUAUGCUGGAGAAGCUUGGGGUGGCCAAAACUCACUUGGAACUUAAAAAGAUGAUGUCAGAGGUUUGUGGGAGUGCAAAAGACACUAUCUGCUACACGGACUUCCUGAAUAUGAUGUUGGGCAAGAGGAACGCCAUACUGAGACUGAUCUUGAUGUAUGAAGGCAUGGCUAAACCGCAGGAAGUCCAAGAACCUGGGCCACCACCACGCAAGACCUUUUCAGAUCUUCCCUAGUUUUAUGACACACUUUGUAUAUUACAUUUUUUAAUAACAUACUUUUAAAAAAUAAAGGUUUACCAUUUAAAGUGUA